AACACAACCAUGUAUUUCUCCCAUACAACCCAUCUCUCCUUUCCUUUCUUUCUUCUGUCUAUCACAUUUGGAACAUUUGCUCAAUCCCCAUGCCCCGAUCCCGAAAAAAUUUUCCCAUGUAUAUGUAACAACUUUCAAAUGAACUUUGAUUACGCCUUUCAUACCAAAGAUUUCUCCCAAUAUGACACCCUCUCUGAAGCCAACUCUACCACAGAUUAUUACCAAUAUGAAGCCCUCAAUGACGCCAACAAUACCAUCGAUUACGUGAAGGUGGUCUGCUCAGUAGGAAAUUCAAGUGCUGAAAUCUUCUCAGUGUUCAACAAUGCCACAUGGCCCUCCAAGCAACUCAAGGAGUUCGUUCUAUUCGGCGGGAAUAUGGCGGAGGAAUUCCCGGGAGGAUAUUUUGGGGGUGUCUCUUUCGAGAGAAUCGCUAUUAUAAAUUACGAAGUGGAUACCAUACAUCUCUCCGCCCUAAUUUCAUCGCAAGACACACUGGAGGAGCUGAAAAUCAUGUUUAGCCAUCUGAAGGAGUUUCCUUGGGAUACCCUGCCUCUAUUAACCAAACUCACGUCCCUCAAACUAUAUGGAAACGAAUUGAAAGAUAUACGCAUCCGAAGCGACAGUCUUCGGGAGCUAGAUAUUUCCAGUAAUCAAAUUGCAGCACUGAAAUCUGGAUGGUCUGCACCAAACUUGACCUCUCUCCGAAUGGAUAUGAAUCCAAUCUCUGAGAUUCCCCACGGGUUCUUGGAUGGCUUGGGGAACUUGCAGGAAUUCCAUUGUUUUGAAUGUCACCUGGGGCCGACUCUGUUCAAGGGUUCUCUGGGAUUCCACAGUGAAAUCGUGACAUACAUUGGACUUAGCUGGAACGACAUCUCAAACAUCGAAGAAGGCGCUAUUACAGGUGUCACACCAGAAACGUUUGUUGGUCUUGAUGGCAACAAAAUCGCAGACUUGACGGAAGCUACCUUCCGCCCGAUCCUGGAGGUUCUUCAACGUGGAUUUGGAUCGCUGUCAGUUAUGGGUUGGUUUUAUGAUCUUGUCAUCUGUGAUCCUUUCAGUUAUUUCCUUUUCCCACAGUGA